AUGGCUUCAAGUAGCUCAUCAGCUCCAGCAGCUCCUACCUUCAACGGAUCACUUUAUCAUUUGUGGUCGAUGAAGAUGAAAACUUACCUCAAAUCUCAAGGUCUAUGGAAAGUGGUUGAGACAGAUGAAGAUCCUCCCGCUCUCAGGCCAAAUCCAAUAGUAGCUCAGCUCAGAGACCAUGAAGAACAGCUCCUCAGGAAAGAUAAAGCCUUGACUUGCAUCCACUCAAGCUUGGCAAAUCAUGUUUUCACCAGCAUCAUGGACCUGGAAACACCCAAAGCUAUGAAGGAUGACGAGCUAGUGAAAGAUUAUUCAUCAAGAAUGAUGGAUCUUGUAAACCAAAUUAGGUUGUAUGGUGAAGCUCUACCUGAUCAGAGAGUGGUGGAGAAGAUUAUGGUCAGCGUACCAAGAAAAUUUGAAGCUAAAAUUUCAGCUAUUGAAGAGUCAUGUGAUUUGCAGAGGCUAACAGUAGUUGAGCUCAUUAGCAAAUUAGUAGCUCAAGAACAAAGAAGCUCAGUGAGAGAUGAAGAGGCAAUUUGA